ACCAACACAACUAAACCUCCCCCCAUUUGCUCCUCCUCUGCCAAUUCCACCUACUCCUCUGCCUUCUGUCUCCUCCCCAUCAAUUUUGACUCGGUUUCACAUAAAUAUAUAAUGUUGAAAAAGAUCAGGAGAAGAGUCAAAACCUUAAUCACCAAGAGUUUCAAGAAACCCAAAUCCAAACCCUAUAAACCUCCACCUCCACCUUCUCCAAACCCAUCUCCAUCACCACCAUCUGAACCAGAAAUUGAAGUGCCCACAACCAUGUCACCUCCACAUUCACAUCACACACACAAGCAAACCCCUUUCCUCUUCCCCCAAAUCCAAUCCACAGUCCUCCCUGACCCUUCUCCUUUCUUUUCCCAAAACCUCCUCAAAACCCCACUCCCCACAAACUCCUUCUUCCAAAACUUGACCCUUAAAAAUGGAGAUCAACCCGAAUACUUCCACCCCUACCUCAUCAAAUCUGCCUCCUCCUCUCUUUCUCUCUGUUACCCAUCUCGAUUCUCCAACUCUGCUUUCUUGUACCAAGUCUUCAACGCCGACCUCACCAUCUCAAACACCCAAAACCCACAAGAAAGACAUGUAAUUUCUUCUUUCAAUGAUCUCAGCAUCACUCUUGAGUUUCCCUCCUCCAAUCUCAGAUUCUUUCUCGUCCGGGGAAGCCCAUUUCUCACCUGCUCUGUUUCGAACCGGACUUCCAUUUCGAUUUCAACGAUCCACGCUAUUCUAUCAUUCUCUUCAAAUGAAUCUCGCACCAAAUACACGAUCAAGCUCAACAACAAUCAGACAUGGCUUGUAUACACCUCUUCUUCAAUUGAUCUUACUAAUACCAGCGUAUCUUUGAUCACUUCAACUGGGUUUUCCGGCAUUGUGAGGAUUGCAGUUCUGCCGGAAUCUGACCCACAAUUCGAGUCGGUUCUUGAUCGGUUCAGCUCUUGCUACCCGGUUUCCGGUGAGGCUGUGUUCACAAAGCCGUUUGCUUUGGAGUAUAAAUGGGAGAAGAAAGGGUGGGGAGACUUGCUUAUGCUGGCUCAUCCUCUACAUUUAAAGCUCAUCAAUGGUGACGAUUGUGAUGUCACUGUUUUGGAGGAUUUCAAGUACAAAAGCAUUGAUGGUGAUCUUGUUGGUGUUGUGGGGGAUUCAUGGGUGUUGAAGCCUGACCCUGUUUCGGUUACUUGGCAUUCGACUAAAGGUAUCAAACAAGACUCAUAUUCUGAGAUAAUAUCUGCACUUACUAAAGAUGUUGAGGCUUUAAGUUCUACACCAAUUGCAACUACUUCUUCGUAUUUUUAUGGGAAGUUGAUUGCUAGAGCUGCUAGGUUGGCUUUGAUUGCUGAGGAGGUGGGUUAUCUUGAUGUGAUUCCAGCGAUUAAGAAGUAUUUGAGUGAUACAAUUGAGCCUUGGUUGGAUGGGACUUUUAGUGGGAAUGGUUUCUUGCAUGAUAGUAAAUGGGGUGGCAUUGUGACGAAACAAGGAUCAGCGGAUUCGGGAGCAGAUUUCGGGUUUGGGAUUUACAAUGAUCACCAUUACCAUUUAGGGUACUUUAUUUAUGCCGUUUCAGUGCUUGCCAAGAUUGAUCCAGCGUGGGGGAGGAAGUAUAGGGCUCAAGCUUAUUCACUCGCCGCGGAUUUUAUGAACUUAGGCAGGAGGGCAAACUCGAAUUAUCCACGUUUGAGAUGCUUUGAUUUGUAUAAGUUGCAUUCAUGGGCAGGAGGGCUGACUGAAUUUGGAGAUGGUAGGAAUCAAGAGAGCACAAGUGAGGCUGUGAAUGCUUACUACUCAGCUGCAUUGUUGGGGCUAGCCUAUGGAGACACCCAUCUUGUGGCCACUGGAUCAAUGCUUGCGGCAUUGGAAAUUAAGGCAGCUCAAAUGUGGUGGCAAGUAAAAGAGGGAGAUAACAUUUAUGAGCCAGAUUUCACAAGGGAAAAUAGGGUAGUUGGAGUGCUGUGGGCUAAUAAGAGGGACAGUGGACUGUGGUUUGCUCCUCCGGAGUGGAAAGAGUGCCGGCUUGGAAUCCAACUGCUUCCCAUUUUACCUAUCUCUGAGGUAUUGUUCUCUGAUGUUGCCUUUGUUAGGCAACUCGUGGAGUGGACAGAACCAGCUCUGAGUAGAGAGGGUGUUGGGGAAGGAUGGAAAGGGUUUGUGUAUACUUUGCAAGGGAUUUACGAUAAACAAGGCGCUUUGGAGAAGAUUAGGAACUUGAAGGGCUAUGAUGAUGGGAACUCGCUCACUAAUCUGUUAUGGUGGAUCCAUAGCAGAGGUGAGGAAGGAGAUGGUUGUGGAAUUGGAGAGAACAUAUGUUGGUUUAAGCACUAUCACUGAGUUUGGCAACUGGUUCGGUUAUGAUUUGGGUGGAGUUGAAUAAGAUACGAUAUGAUGGUAGUAUGUGAUUGUGAAUUAUUCUUUGUUACUACGUUAGUAUGUUGUUAUUUUCUGAUACAAGAAUUAUCUUGUGAUUUGCUGCAAUAUAUAUUGAUCCACUUUCAUA